GUACGCGUGUCUCGGGAAGGACUAUGAUCGUUCUGGGCUGUGUCUCAGGUGCUUGUUAAAGGCGCAGCCUGCCCGGCCAUGGCUCUGAGGGAGCUGAAAGUUUGCCUUCUGGGGGACACUGGUGUGGGCAAGUCAAGUAUUGUGUGGAGGUUUGUAGAAGAUAGCUUUGAUCCCAACAUCAACCCAACAAUAGGAGCCUCAUUUAUGACCAAGACUGUACAGUAUCAAAAUGAGCUGCAUAAAUUCCUAAUCUGGGAUACAGCUGGACAGGAGCGGUUUCGUGCUUUGGCUCCAAUGUAUUACAGAGGGUCAGCAGCAGCUAUAAUAGUGUAUGACAUCACAAAAGAGGAAACUUUCUCAACAUUAAAGAACUGGGUUAAAGAGCUUCGACAGCAUGGACCUCCAAACAUUGUUGUAGCUAUUGCAGGAAAUAAGUGUGAUCUUAAUGAUGUAAGAGAAGUCAUGGAAAAAGAUGCUAAAGACUAUGCAGAUUCCAUUCAUGCAAUAUUUGUAGAGACAAGUGCGAAGAAUGCAAUAAACAUUAAUGAACUCUUUAUAGAAAUUAGUCGCAGAAUUCCAUCAACUGACACCAACCCCCCAUCUAGUGGUAAGGGCUUCAAACUUAGAAGACAGCCAUCGGUGACAAAGCGCAGCUGCUGUUGACUGAUCCCUUAGAAAAUCAGACUUGUUUAUACAGUAGGUGGUCUUGGAAGUUAAUAGUUCACGUUGGGUUUAUAUUAUCAGUCUUAGAUCUUUAUCUGCUGGUGUUCAUACACCCAAGGUCCCACAAAAAUGGACCAGUUUAUCUGACAUCUGUACACUCGCAGAGAAGAUUGCAAUCGUAAAGUCAGCCUGUUUACUUACAAAAAGUGUAAUAUCUCUUGCAUUCAAAGGGAAUCCAUCAUCACUUUUUUGGCCUUGCUUGAAAGGAGGGUGACUAUAUGGAUGGUAGAACUGAAAUGUUUAAUAGUUUUGUAAUCAAGAUUUUGAGGGUGUUUUUGUAAAAAGGGAAAUGAGCACUUUUGUGGGACUUAAGGGUGGGAGGAGUCUGGAAGUUAGAUGUCAUUUCUUCCUUUUCUUCAGUGAGCCUUAUUUUAGAUUUAAUUGUAGCUAAUCCAAAGUAUGAUGGGACAGUUGAUGCGAGAUGGCUAUAGAAUAAGCAACUGAAGAUAAAUAGUAGGCAAAUCAGUCCAUCCAGUCCCCAAAUCCCAUUUGCACUUUUUAUUUAAAGCUGAUAUGCGCCGGGGGUGGGGACACAAGCAACAGAUCUUAAACCACAGACAAUCUUUCUUUCAUGCUGACUCUAAUCACUUUAAGGCAAACUGAUAUGCUUAUAGGCAUCUCUUUGUUCCUACAAGUUUUUUAAUAUUAAGAUGUUGGUUGAAGAAAACCUAGUUGUUGUAGUUCUGACUAAAUUAAGUGGUUACUGACUAAAAACAGAUGCUGUAAACAGUUGCUGCCAGUGGUUCUGAUAAGACCUAAAAGUUUUUGGGGAAAGCUUUUAAUUGCUUGGCAUGUGUAAAGUGUUCAUAUUAUAUUUAUGAGACCAGUGUUUAAAGUAUUAUAAAUUAUGUAAAAACAGUAAAAAAAUAAUGCGAUCUCAUAUACUCCUUCCAUUCCACACUUAUGGAUAAACUCCUGGGGAAUCUCCAUCAGGUUUUUUUUCCUGUGUUUUAGGUAUUGUCACUGUGAGUUCAUCCAGAGGCAGACUGAAAUUCUUUCCCUUUCAAUCACAUUUGAAAGGGCCAAUAGGGAAUGCUGUUGGUGCAGCAUGAGGUCUGUCUGUUGAACAAGUUUUCAUCUGUGGUGCACCCAGUCUUUCCUCUUUUGGGCACAAAAAUACAGAUAGGAAGUAACCUUAAGACACAUGGUAAUGUAGAUCGUUACCUCUUGGUUCCUGGGCUUUUUCAUCUGUGAGGGUUUUUAGCAAAUCAGUGGUUAGCUUAUUCUGCAUUGGUUUUAGUACUCUUUCAGUUAAAGUAUAGGUUGUCCAUACCCAUUUGUGCUAUUUUAUUUAUUUUUAUUUUUUGUUUCCUACCAGCACUAGUGAGAAACGGUAUACUUUUAAAGAAAAUGAGCUUAAUAGACUUGAGUAUAUAUUAAAAUAUGCUGUUUAGCUUUAGUAUCAAAAUGAGAUAAUGGUGAUGAUGCUUAUUUGUUUUGUAAUCUGGUUUUCUAUCAUCUCAAGUAUUUUCUGACAGAAAUGUCAAAGAGUUCGUAAGAAAUGAAAGGACUUGUACUUCACAUUAGUUUGUAUUAGUGAAAAUUCUUGUAGAGCUCUUCUGGAGCAAAACAGGUGAACUGUUACAGUGAGAUUUUGAAUGGAUCAGUAUGUUUUAAUGAAAUUUGGUGACUACACUUUUAUCACACCUUUUACUUACCCUGCAUCGUUGAUUACACCUUCUUUGCCACAGUUGUACAGGCUGUGUGCUUAUAGAGAGCCCAAGAAGUGUAUUUUCAUCAAAGACUCUUUGAAGCCCCUUUGGAAAUUGGUCUUUAACAAAGCAUCUUACGGUAGAGAUGGAUUUGUGUUUGGUGUAGAGUCUGAUGUAUGAUUUAUUUUUUUAUGUCGCUCAAACCAAAUAAAUUAUGAACAGAAAACUUUAGUACUCUUACAAAAUGCUUGAUAGAAACAUAAUUAGUAAAGAAAGAACAGAGUAAGUUUGCUCUUGGGCAUAUUUUUAAUUACCAAAAAGGAGGUUAGCAAUUAAAUGUAGAACUUUCACAGGGGCAGUCGUGGAACCCAGUUUCUUUUGAAAUAUCUCAAUUCUUACUCCCAGCAAUUUAAAAAAAAAUAAAUUAUAUGGUUAUCUAAUUCAACUAGGUUUUUAAAACACUUUGUGUUUACAGUGCCUCAGAAGUCUAUUAUAUACCAAGAUGCCAGGUGCUUUAGUAUCUUAACUGUGAUACAGAAAAUACUGCUUUUAUUAAAGUUGGUUAGUAAUAAAUUUGGAAAUUCUUGAACUUUGAAGGAUCACAGGAGAAGGAAAGUCUCAGAUAUUGGGAAUAUCUUUCAUGUAGAUUAGUAGAAAAAGGAAUUUCAGACAUUAAGUUAUUCUUAUUGCCUGUUAGCAUGUGGUAAAAAUGGAAUUUAAAUCUGUUUUUCAGUGAGCUAACAAAAAUGGUUUAAUAGUAUUUAUCCAAGGUUUAUUACUGACUUGAGAAGAAAAUGUUGGACUCCAGGAAAGAUUGAGAGCUAGACUAGUAUUGACAUUAUUGUAGUUCUUUCCAGUCGGGAGAGGUCCAUAUAUCUUAGCAAAUCUUCAUGAUCUGCUUUGUGACCUAUCCUCACUUAUUUGCUGUACGCCAAAAUUAGACUUAAAAAACCAAGUUAAACCCACUCCAAAACACUUAAAGAAGCAGCAAUAAUCUGGCCCUUCUCAAAUGUCUUAAUGCCUUGGACUCCUUUUGUUUUGUUACCAGUCUGAGUGGAAUGCCAGCAUACUUCAUAUCCUUUUUGCAGUUCUGAUCUUGAAUUACUGCAAAUAAUGAAAACAUGGAAAUAGCCAGUGUUUCAGAUUUGUCCAAACUAUAGAUACUGAAGAGAGGCUGCUUCUUAACACAUGCCUAUUUAAAAUGAUGGACUGUUGAUGUAGAGUUCUUUUUAUUGAUCAGUUGGCCCUAGCUGAAAGCCGGAAUGCAGUCUUCCCUUGAUGAGAUGCACGUGUUCAUUGUUUCAUUUUUGUUGGAGGAAAAUGGUUUCUUCUGUAUUAAUAAUUUGUUAGGCUAUCUGCUUUCAUCUUGCACUAGGCUUGCUAAAAUUGAUUGUAUUUUGUCCUAACAUAGCUGCUUUAUUUGGAGAUACAUUAGCCUUUGAGUGUUUGGAGUGCUGAUGAUCAACCAUUCCAGCUAAAUUUUUAAUAUCUUUUUUUCUGUUAAGAAGUGGUUGAAAAAGCUCAGGACUGAAGUUUUUAUUCCACUAUGCCUUUCUGCUUAAUGAAUGGAGCUUAUCAUAGAGACUAGACUUUCAGAUACUCUCAAAGGGAAUUAAUUGCUGCAAAACAAGUUUGGAAUGGUAAAGGGUCAUGUAUGUAAAAAUGUAAUGAGGUGCAUGUCAUACCAUUGAUCCAGAGUAUUUUCUAACUGACAAAAUAUGACUGUUGCAACUUCUAAACAACACCAGUUCUGUCCCAUAAAAUUUAACAGAUUUGUAUCAAUACAUCAUUUGAUAAAUAUCUAGUUCUUAAGCUUUGGAGCAACUUAACUCUGCUCCCUAAAUUUUGGAGGGUGUCUUCAUCUGACCCUCUGAAUCACAACAGUCUCUUAGCUAACUUGCCAGACUCUUGAUCUAUGCUGUAGGUGGUUUUGUCGUAUAUUUUUAUAUAGAUGCUGAAAAUUGGCAUACUAAAUGCCUAAGUAGGUGAAAUCUGGGAGCUUAUGUUUAAUAACAGAAGCAUCUAAUGGUCAAACUACUGACAAUUUUUAUAGGUGCUUUGAAAAGUUCUAAGACAAUUCUAACAACUUUUGCUGUUGCCAAGAAGGUAAAGACUUUGUUUAUGUUAUUGGAUCUGUGUUGAAACAAAACAAAUAAUUGCACUUCAAAUCCUUACUGAUGUGAGUGAGACCCUUCCUUUAAGUGCUACAGGAUCAGACAGUUAAUAGUUUAGAGGGGUGUUUUAUGUAGACUUGUUUGAUGUGUUGGUGUACAUAACAAUUUAAUGCCACCAGCCUGCUCAAGGAAGAUAAUUUACAAGCUUGGGAAGAGUAAGUGGAGAGGAGACAAUGCCUACUUACUGAUUUGGAAGUCUAAACCUGGUUAAGAGAUGUGGGAUUCAUUGGGAGCUGUUUGCAUUCAUGGUUAAAGCUUCAUUUUUAAUUACCAAAAAAUAAUUCAGGCUGAAUAUCAAGAAUGGUUUAAAAGUUGGCCUCAACAAGGUUUUUGUUAGUGUUAAUCUUAGAUUAUUCCUUAACAUUAGUGUAAAUUUCCAUUAUAACAUAUUUAGUUGGAAAAGGAAGCUUUAGCAGUGAUGUUUGAAUGACGUUCUUGUGAAACAGUCUUUAGUGUUUAUUAAGGAUGGUGUAGUCUAUUUGUGGUGUGCUAUGUCAGCAGUCUGCAAAGACUAUCUUGGGAAUUGAUGAUUUACAGGACAAGCUGUCUGAACUGUGUAGCUAGUCGCCCUGUAGCAAACCUCACUUACAAGCAGCAAUAGCUACAUAAAAGUAGAAAAAAUAAUCUCAAACACGAGGAGAACCUGAAUAAUUCACUGACUUCAACUUUUACACUGCCUAUUAAUGUUCCAAAGCUACAUGUAUCUCUCUUCAAUACUUUAAACCUCUAAAAUAAGAGGCUCUUCUGUUCAUGAACAAGAGAGAAGGACAAACUUUCUUAACUUUUUUAGCAGGAAGUCGUUUUACAGCAACUGAGACUGUUUGUAUGCCACAAGUCAAUUACUUGAAUCAGGAGAAUUGUGUGCUUGGAAUUAAGCUUCUAAAAGAUCUGCACAAAAUACAGAAAACUCUUAAAAUUUUAUGGUCAGAUCACAUUCCUAGUAAUAGAUCACACCCCUAGUAAUGCUAGGUGAUAGAAGAUUUAUAGAAAUGAGAUGUUGGUUUGAAUUACCAAUCUAAGAUAGAAAUACAGGUUCUAAUACAAAAAAGUCAUGUCAGCUGUCUUUUUCAGAGUCUCAUGGCUCCCGCUUGUCAAAAGCAAUACACUUGAAACCACAUCUUUGUUGUUUAUACAAGAAUUCAGGUGCCAAAACAUAUUUCCCUAAAAUUAUUAGGCCUUCUGACACCACAACGUUUGUAUCUGAAAAAUCCCUUCUGAUAUUUUGGAGGUCUCAGAAGUUUGAAUGCAUGACUUGGAAAAAUCAAGCAGGAUUACCAAACUUUAUCCAUAAAAUGUCACAGAUAACAAAUCUUUCAAGGGAUAUAUGACUAUCUUGCAACCCAAGAGUACUGAUGGGCUUAGUCUCUGACAUGUCAAAAUGAUCCUAGGGUCAGCUUUUUCCUCCUUCCCAUCUCUCCCCUGCGCUGCCCCCCCAAUUUUUAACAUAGUGUUGUCAGAGUGUACAUGCUAUAAACAGCUAUUUAGAAAUACUCAGAAAAGUUCUGUUGUCUUAGAGUUAUUUGGUGCUUCCUAUUUUACCUGGAAAAUCAAGGCAAUAGGAUGAUUUGUCCCCCUAAAAAUUGGGACAGCAUUUGCUGAAACUCUUUUCAUUCCAGAAUAAAGACUUCUAAGAAGAAACUAUUUUGCUUUUCCUAUGACAUCAUCCUGCAAGUUGAGGUUCUUAAAUUCUUACUUAAACACUAACAAUUUUAUUUAAGGAGCUAAUUACCUUUGUAAAGGUAUUCUUAUUUUAAGAAGGUUGAGUUUUUCUUUGCUUCAUUUCUCUGUUACUGUUUUCACAUAAUGUAUUAUCGAAAAACCUGUUACUACUUUUUCAAAUGUUGAAGGAUACAGACCCUCUUUCUGCUGCGCUCUUCAUCUGUGUGUGAUACUCCAUCCAGUUGUUGCACUUGGAUAUGCUGUAACUCUGACACCUAGAUAGAUUCACUACUGCUAUCUUGCCUCACUUUUACUCAUGUUACAGUAUGUAUUUCCUAUUAAAUCCAUUAUGUUUUCUUGAUCAUUUGUUCUUUGUUUCCUUAUGCAAUUUAGCCAAGAACAGGUGGUGAAUGUGUUUUUCUCCUUAAAGGUUCUAGAAGUAUCUGUCACAGUGGCAAAUAUUUGUAAACAAAAUGGUAAUUCAUUAGUACAGCAUUAUGAAACUGUUACGAAAACAGCAGCUGAGACAUGUACCACUAGUGUGUUAUACCACAUAACAAAGGUUAAAAGCACAUUCACCUGGGGGAGCAAAUUAUUAUAAGGCUCUAGUAACAUGAAAUAAACUCUUCUGUAUUUUAACUUCCUUUUUUUCUAGUUCCUGUUUAUGAAUAUUGUGUAUCCAACAUUGAAAUUGUGACACAGUGAACUCAUUUAAGACACAGAAAUGGAUCGCAUUUCUGUAGCUGUAAGACACCUAAGACUUCCUGGCAAUCUUCACCCUUGUACCCCAACAUUCCCAGUACAAUGAAGAAAAAAAAAAUAAAAUCAUUCUGAAGGUUUCUUCCAAACAAGAAACUUUGCAUUUGUGUAUUUAGUGCACAAAAAUAACCUGAUACGCAUAUAGCUCUUGCAGUGUAAUAAAUGUUUGCCUGUAAAAUUAAGCGUGAAGGGUUAACCUUUGUAUCAUCAAUUCUUGUCCCUCCUAAGAAUGUUCUGCCUUUUCAUUAUAGGAUUGGGUUAACCUGUUGCAAAGAUUGAAAGGUCUGUGCCUUCUUAUUAUAGUAUCUCUUAUUAAAACAAACUUAAGCCGCUCAAAGUUACAGAGCAUUUGCAGCACUGUAAACUGCACAAAUUUACAACCAUUGCUUCACUGCAUGAAAUGUAGUCAGAUUGCUAGUGAUGAAAUAUUGUAGUGAUGAAUUCCCAAGCUUAUGAAUGUUUUGAGACUUUUUUUUUUUUAGUCUUCUCUUGGGCUGGUCCUGAGAGCGUGUACAGGUUUGUCUGUAUUGUUGGUUUGUAGAUGCUAAUGAAGAAAACCAAGCUUUUGUUCUCUCCUUUUGUUUGAAUUGUUACACUCCCAUAUAGUGCAUAGAAUGCAAAUAAAGAAAUGUUGAUUUGGCAUAAUGUAAACACCCUUUUCAGCCUAAGCAUUCAUAAUAAACUUUUAUAGUGUAAUAACAUGCUAAAUCACUACCAGUCUGAUGUAUUGUGCAAAAAAAAAGGUGUAAACAUUUUAUUAAUAAAAAGCUUUGUUUAUAAA